AUGCAAGAAAUUGAUCUAUUCAAGCUUCAUUAAGAAACAUAAAAAUAUUUAGAAAUUGAGAACAUUUUUAAGCGUCUAACUAAUACCUUCUUAAAUAAGAUCUAUUAACUUAUUAAAGAUAUUUUUGAUGAAGAACAAAAAUUUACAAUUUAAGUACAUAACAGAUAUAAAUAGGAAUUGUUAAAAUUGGCAAAGUAAAAGAAAAUUCCUUUCAAAGAAUUCAAAUUAGCUGAACAUUACAAGUCAAAUUCUUAAAUAUUUAAGACUAAUCUUUAAGCCAUAAUUUCUAUUAUAAUAGAUGACCUCUAAAAUUAUUAUAACAAAUAAAUAAUGAUUGAAGAAUCAACAUUAUUGGAACCCAGACAACUUACUUAAAUAGAUGAAGAAUCGCAGAUUAAUUUGACUGAAAAUAUUAAUGAAAUUACUGAAGAUUACUCAUAAAAUAGAUAUAAUGUGAAAACUGAGGAAACACCAAAACUUAAAAAAGAGUUAAAAUAUUAACUCAUCAAAAAUAAAUACUCACUCAACAAAAAUUCUUUAGCAAAUCUUUUAUCAUUUGAUAAAUCUACAUGUUUAUCUAUGUUAAGUUCUGCUAGACACUCAAGAGAAAAUAGUAUUAAUAAUAAGAGAAUCAAUUUAACGAAUAAAAAUAUUUUAAAACUUAUAACAAAAAUAAGUGAUCCAAGUUCCUUAUAAUAAAAAUUUUAAGUAAAGAAUAAAAGCCUUGAAUUAAAUUAUAUUACAGAAUAUCUGUCUAAUUAAAAUAAAAUUCCUAAAAGAAAUCAAACAAUGUUAUCAUAUAGUCUCAAGUCAAACGCUGAAAAAAUUAAGGAAAAUUUUAUAGAAUUAUGA